AUCGAUCUUUCGGAUCCGCCUCACUCUCCUUCAACAGCUCUCUUGAACUACUCGGAGUUCCUCAUCGCGGGCCUAUCUGGACUCCUCUGAGCAGUUUCCAUUCCUUUACCCAACACACACUCUCUGACUCGUUUCUCGUUCAUUGGAAACGAAACGGGCCCGGCGACAGUCGUCAACGACCACGGCAGCAUAGCCAUUCUCCAACACAUUCCCUCUAUUCGUCUUCUUUUGCGCGUAUAUAUUGACGGCAUCAAAGCCCGUCCACCGCAGAAACGGACUGGAUCCCACGCGCAUUUUAUAAAACCCCCGGUUUCAUUGGCGUCUUCGACUUCUUUGUGAAAGCCGCCGAGGGUACUUUAUUUCUCAUUCAGCGCUCUCUUUCUUCAAUCUCUUUGGGCCUGGUCACGUUUGAGCACCACACCUCCCACUCAUUUGCGACCGCGUCAGGAGGCCAAAGGCGCUCCGAGGAGUGCAAGCCGUGUCCGCCGUCACCUGGUCUCACCCGGGCUGCCGUGGUAGGGCGGGGGAGGAUACCAUCGUCGGGAGGUGUGCAGCGAAACUUGCGCGAGCCACGCCGAACGCAACGUCGCACCGGUGCUGGGUCACAGGACGUGCCACGGUUUCCCACCUCUCAGGAAGCGACAGUGCGUUGUUAACAAGCGCCUGUCCGUUCCUCACCCGCGCCCUCCUUCGACCCAGAACACCAGGAAUUGCCAUCGACCGAUUGAUUCAUCCCCUCUCAAUUUCCAUUUCCUGAGUGGAAGGCGACCUCGAUAGUUCACCUGCCGCCUCGAUCAUCGCUUCGAGGCCACGGGUUUCCUCGAAUUCGCCUCUCCACCCAGAUUUUUCUCACAACGUCAAUUCUCGGCGAGCAGCAGUUGGAAAAGUCGUCAGGCAGGAUGUCGAUCGCCAGGGCGUUUACGACCCGACGGGUCAAGCAGAGUAUCCAGGCGGCGGAGCUGGCAGAGAAAGGGCCUCAGCGUGGCAAUUCCAUCCGCCACAAGAUCUCGAGCCCCAUCGAACUCAUUCACACCACCAACAUGUUGUCGUACAAUGCCCCGGAUAUCCAUCCCUUGUCGGCGUCAUCCACGGGGUCAUCGCAGAGAUUGGACGACGACAUGUCCGACAGCGCGCUCACAAACGGCACGACUCCUCCCACGAGUCCCGAUGUCGAGUCAUCCCCAAAGAGGUCUUUGUCCCCGGAGCCCAACCACCUGUCCUGCUAUUUCACCGUUCCCGCGCAGCAGCCGGCGAAGGCUCCCGCGCAGUCCGAGGCGCCAGUGGUUCCGCAGCGCACGGUCUCUCACUCGAAGAAGCCGCACAACACGCUGGUCCGGCAGCGAUCCGCCUCCAACAUGUCUCAACAGUCGCAGCGCACGGUUUCGACUAAGGCAAGCUUCACUUUCUCGCGGUCAUCGUCCAGCAGCACAAGUACCAGCGUCACGUCGCACAGCUCGAUCCCCGCCUACCACAAGUCCAAGCUCUCCGGCGCAGCCUCUGCGGCGCCCGCCCCUGCGGCUCCCGUCCCUGCGGCUCCCGUCCCUGCGGCGCCCGCCCCUGCUUCCCCUCCCCGGCCGCAGCCGCCGCACGUGCACCAGUACCAGCACCAGCACCAGCACCAGCGCCAGCAACAGCACAAGAAAGACUACUCGGAAUCGCAGCACCCCUUUGGGCCGGAGCUGGCGCAGGUGUCGGAGAUUGCCGAGGAGUACGGAGUCAAGGACCAGGUGGUGAACGUGGUCGACACGGAUGCGCAGGAGAUGCAGGCCAAGGGCCUCCUGAAGCUCAGCGCCGACGAGUAUCUGAGCGAAAUUCGCGGCCUGUUUGCGACCUUCUUUGCUCCGCCGAGGCCGAUGGCGACCACAUGGAUUUGAUUUUUCUCUUCUUUCCUGAAUUUGGGCCGUGGCGCUCCACACGACAACAACAACGGCGGCUAAAGCGUGCGGACGAAUCGACGUUGCGACACGCUACAUUCUCUGUAUAUAUUUUACGAGUGUUUCUCGGGCUCCUAGGGAGCCCCGCAUGGGAUGUGUGAUUCCCCCAAGGGGGGCGGGCGUUUUGAUGGGAUGAAGUAUGUUUCUGGCGGCACCCGAUGUUGAUCUUGUCACCAGCCAGGGGGGUUCAAGCACUGCACGGAGAGGUGCGAAGUUGUUUUUCGCGGCCGUGAAAACGGGGGAAGAAAGGGGUACGCUACACUCGCUCACUUGGCUGUCAUGCGAGCGAGACAGCUUCACAUCAUGCGCAUGCAUUUAGGAAGGGAGCGGUACACGGCGGCGUUGGGGGGAAAACCUGGGGGCACCUAACUCCUCUGAGUUUUGUGGUUUAGAUUCAGUUCCGAGAUACACCUUACGCUGGCUGGCGGCAAAUGUUGCACUGGUUUCACGAUA